AUGGUUGUAUACGAUCAUUCUUGCAUAGCAUCAUCCGGUUUUUCAAUUCACGUGGGUAUGUCGGAUGAGUGUGGAAUACGUAUGGAGUUUGAGCGAGUAUGCCCUUUUUUAUUAGCUGCAUUGGUAGCCGUAUGCUACAGUAACUCUUUAAAUUGUGGUUUUGCUUAUGAUGACAUUGCAGCUGUAAAAGAAAACAGGGAUGUCAGACUGCAUACACCCAUUACAAAUGUUUUCAUGAAUGAUUUUUGGGGAACGCCUCUAAGAAAGGAAGGUAGCCAUAAGUCCUACCGACCAUUGACAGUUCUGACAUUUAGAGCGAAUUAUGCCGUCCAUGGCCUUAGGCCCUUCGGCUAUCAUAUGGUGAAUGUUUUGCUUCAUGCUGUAGUAUGCAUUCUUUUUUACAGAUUGUGCCUGCAUUUUUUUUCUGGAACGAAUAGUCUUGUAUCAUCAGCUCUCUUUGCCGUCCACCCCAUUCACACGGAAGCGGUGAGUGGGGUGGUAGGUAGAGCCGAACUUUUGUCUGCAGCUGCCUUCCUGUGUGCCUUACUUUAUUAUAUUCAUUCCAGAUAUCAACACAAAACAAAUGUUUGGCAAGAUUGUGGUGCCACAUCUGCUUUGGCUUGUGUAGGAUUAUUAUGUAAAGAACAAGCUUUAACAGUUCUAAUAGUAUGUUGCAUAUAUGAAAUCGUUAGUCCUAAGAACCAAAGGCGUGUACAAAGUAUACGAUACUUAAUGCUUGGAAGAGUGUCUCCUUGGUUAAGAGAUAAAGUAUUAAGAAUAUCAUUACUUCUGACAGCAGCUUUUGGGGCUCUUUACCUCCGAUGUAGAAUAAUGGGACCGAAACUAUUACCAACAUUUAGUAGGUUUGACAAUCCAGCGGCAAUUUCUUCAACGCCCACAAGGCAGCUAACAUAUAAUUAUUUGCUCUCAGUAAACGCGUGGUUGUUGUUAUUUCCUCUCAAUCUGUGCUGUGAUUGGACUAUGUCCACAAUACCUCUGGUAACCAGCUUCUGGGACUCUAGAAAUAUAACCACACUUGUUCUUUACGCCUGUAUUUUUGUGGCAGUUCGCACUGUUUUUAGAUUAGAAGAGGAUGCUAGAAUGUCUCUUGUAAUGAGCUUGUCUUUGUUGACGGUGCCCUUCCUACCUGCAAGCAAUCUAUUUUUUCCAGUAGGUUUUGUAGUAGCUGAACGGGUUCUUUACAUUCCUAGUAUGGGCUUCUGUAUGAUGCUUGCGCAAGGAUGGAGCACCUUAUGGGAAAAGAGAACAUGCAAACAACUUGCUGCAGUUGGAAUCAUAUUUCUAGUGACUGUUCACAUACUCAAAACUAUUCGAAGGAACGAAGAUUGGCGAACUGAAUUUACAUUGUACAGUUCAGCGCUAUCUGUCAAUCAAAGGAAUGCCAAACUUUUCAAUAACAUGGGACGCGUUUUAGAAUCAUUGGAAAAACAAGAAGAGGCUUUAAAUCACUACAAUGAAGCCAUUAAAAUACAACCAGACGAUGUUAGAGGUUAUUUAAAUAUGGGACGUGUGCUUACUCAUCUCAGAAGAUAUGAAGAAGCUGAAAAAGUAUAUCUUAAUGCCAAAUCACUGUUUCCCGGUCCAGAGGAGACGAUGGAACGUGAGGUGCGGGUCACCCCCAACCACCUACAACUGUUCCUUAAUCUCGCCUUCCUUAUCUCUCGAAAUGAUAGUCGUUUGGAAGAGGCGGACGCGUUAUAUCGAGAAGCCAUCACGCUACGAUCAGAUUUCACAAAUGCAUAUCUUAACAGGGGUGACGUUCUUUUAAAAAUGAAUAGGACGAAAGAAGCGGAAGCCAUGUAUCAGAGAGCGCUUGAAUUCGAUGAUUCAAAUCCAGAUCUGUACUUCAACCUUGGUAUUGUAUUAAUGGAUCAAGGAAGAAAUGUAGAAGCUUUAGAAUUGUUUAACAAAGCCUUAUACAUCGAGCCUGACCAUGAGAAAUCUUUGGAGUUUUCUGCAGUUCUUAUUCAUGAAUCUGGAAUGUCCAGUCACAAAAAUUUAGCUAGAGACAGAUUAGAGAGAAUUGUUGAUCAAGGAAAAGAGACAGACAGAGUUUACAUGCGAUUAGGUCUUAUGGCAUUAGAAAGUAAAGAUUUUAUUAGUGCAGAAAGAUGCUUCAGAAAAGCUUUAAAAAAGAAGCCAGACUCCCGCGAGGCCCUGUUCAACCUGGCUCUGUUACUGUCAGAACAGCACAGGCAGACGGAAGCCUUGUCUUUUCUGAAGAAACUUCUCGGGCAUCACCCAGGUCACAUCAAUGGCCUCAUCCUAUUGGCCGAUAUCAAUGUCAAUCACCUGAAGGACCUGGAUGUCGCCGAAGAGUGUUACAGCAAAGUACUAAAAAUUGACCCUGUCAAUCAAAAGGCACUCCACAACCUGUGUGUCUUACAUUUCGAGCGUCAGGAGUUCGCCAUGGCUGAGCGGUGCCUUUCUCACACACUGUCCCUGCAUCCGACAGUCCCCUACAUCCGACAGCACUUACAGGUCGUCAGGAACAUACUGCAGCAAGGUCCGGACAGUGUCUUCGGACAAAUGGCUGCAUCCUACCCAGUCAGCUGACCAACAACCUACAGUCUGUUUCAUCGUGAGCUUUCCAUGCGUGAAGUAACUGCCUGCCUUCCACGGAACAAUACGGCACGUGACAGCUGAGAUUUGUUCUUCCGUCCUGCAAAGACGAAUAAACAUAGUCAAACCUUUGGACGCAAUUCUGUGAGGGAACGCUGAUAUUUUAUACUUGACUUGAGGAAGUGUUUCUACAAUCUGUUGAAAAUUCUACCAGAGAUACAUUUGGAGAGGAUACCGUAUUUCUUCUGCUUCAUAUUGCCUUGGAUUUAACACGAGUGAUUAAAUUUCAAAGUGGCCAGGUCACGCCGUUUGUCAUGACAUCGCUACUUGUGGGAAAGAAGAUGAUAUGAAUUUUGGCUUUAAAUAAAUUAUCUUUUUUUUUCUUUAUUUAUAUUUAAUAAUUGAUAUUUCAUUCGAUCCCAAGAUAUAUAACUACAUUAUUUUCAAGCGUGAUUUUUAGUCUAAUAUUUCGAAAUAUUUAAUUUAAAUAAAUGAAAGAGCUAUUUAAUAGAAAACAAUAACUCAAUUUACUGAUUUUUAAAAAGGCACUGAUGGCAGGAAAAAUUAUAACAGUGCUAUUAAGAUAAAGUUUUUAUAAUACCUGAUAAGUAAUGAAUAUAAAUACUGCCACUGUAGACAGUAUUUUGUUUGAUUCUAUUAUAAAUGUUAUAAUGUAUAUGGCCAAAUGAUAAUUUCUUUUAAUUAAUAAAUUUGCUCGAAAUAAAAAUACUUUUUGCUAUUCACCCAAUUUUGUGAUAAAUUUUUUUCAGAAUCAAAUUCAUGAAAAUAAAAUUUAAUACUGAUAUUACGUAAGCACUUAUACGAAUCAAGUAAAUCUAGAGCUCACGUGAAACUGAAAUAUAUAGCUAAAAUAAAAUAAACGUCAGCCGAUACAUAACAUCUUCCUUCCCACGCGUAAUGAUGUCAUUUUCGAUAAAUAGCAUGAUCCGGCCACUUUGAAAUUUAAUCACUUGUGAUUUAGCAUCCUAUUUACACAAGAACUGAAAAAAAAGCCGUCUGAAAGCAGUCUUCUGACGUCACAAACUUGAAAAUUUACACCAUUUCUGAUGUUAAAAAACUCCACUUUGCAAGAAUUAGUGAAAUAUAAUCACGUGAUGCAAAACACCAUUCAUAACUCGCUUGAUUACUGACCUGACUCGAAGUUUUUUCGCUCGGCAAAACUUGUCUGAAAGCAGGCUAGGAGAAUCGGAAGUGAAAUCAGGUUUUCAUUCGUCUUGUGACGUCAUGAGCCUGGUGUCAGGCAUCGUGUAAAUGAGGUGCAAGGUGGUUUUGUACUUUCGUACAGUGAUGAGAAAAGAGUUUUAUUGGAUACCCACGUUUUGAAUUAUCAUCACGUUAUGAUUUUCCAAAUGUGCACUACUUGUUUGUGUUGUUAUUUCAGAUGUAUAAAUCACUCUACUUAUUACGAAUUGUGAAAUUUGAGCUUUUGAUAUUUGAAAUUAUUUAGAUUUAU